AUGGCGGCAGCGGCAGCUCGACACAAGCGCAGCGAAAGCUACAGUUCGCUGUUAAACUCAGGGACUCCGUCACGUAUGCGAUUUUUCGAAGGUAAUCGCGAGCUGCAGCCACAAAACCAGAGGGCCGGUGACGGCCGCCAGCAGAUGGAGAUGCAAGAGGGACGUUUUGAUGAGAAGUCUUCCGGGAAUAACCAUAAGUACUCCUCCUAUCACCCAUACCUUGGGGAGUGGAGGUUCAGGGUCGAAAGAACCCCACGAGAAGCGGUAAAUGACAGAUCGGCGUCAGCUUAUCUUUCUCAACGUUGGCCGUCUGCUGUCAGCGCUGAAGAGGAACCACUGGAAGCCGGCGGAGAGAUCGAAGGCACUGGUGGAGACACACAGAUGCUGAACAGCAUUUCCAAAGACACUAGUGACGACCAGCGUUUAGGGUCAGAGGACGCCGCUGUCGCGAAGAAUGAUGGCACAAGGGAAGACUCUCAGGGAUGGAGUGCCGUCGUAAAUGACUCUGGUGACAAAUUCAGUGCAGAAUCGGACGAUCUCGCCCUCGUUAAGGAGAGCAAAAAUAUCGAAGCAGAAGCAGAUCAACAGAAAUCAAACAGCAUUUCGAAGAUUACCAGCGACGUCCAGCGCCCGGAAUCUGAAGAACUCUCCCUCAGUAAGAACGAAGGUAGUGGAGAAGAGGCGAAUGGACUGAGUCGCACGUCAAAGGACACUAAUGGUGAACAGAAUGCAAUGUCGCAGGAUCUUCCCCUGCAAAAGAGAGACGGAUUUGCCGAAAACUCGCCAGGAUGGAGUAGCAUAUCAAAGGAUAGCAGUGAAGAGCGUCCAGAACUGGAGGAGUAUGCCCUCACGAAGAAUGAGGGAGACAGCGAAGGCACACGAAUGUGGAGAAGUAUGUCUAAGGAGACCGAUGAUGGACAGCAGUCAGAAGCACAGUAUUUCCCAGUCGCCAAGGGCGAUGGCAUUAGCGCAGACUCUGAAAUAUUGAGCAGUAUUUCAAAGGAUACAAGCGACGAACAACGCCCAGAGUCGGAUGACCUCGCUCUUGCUAAGGGCGAAAUCGCCGGCGAGAAUUCACAAAUGUUGAGUAGCAUUUCAAAGGACAGUAAUGACGGACAGGGGCCAGAAUCAGAGGAAGUAGCUCUCACCAAGAGCGAUGACGCCGGUGAAGGGCCAGAUAUGAUGAGCAGCAUUUCAAAGGACGCUAGCGAAGGAGACAACCAAGAAGAGGAGAAACUCUCUGUCGCCAAGAAUGAAGGCGUUGGCGUUGACCCCCAGAUGCUGAGCAGCGUUUCGAAGGACACGGGAGAUGGGAUGCAGCCACAACAGCAGGAGCUGUCCUUCAGCAAGAGAGAAGGAAUCGGCGAGUACUCCGAGAUAGCGAAUACUUUCUCAAAGGACACGAGUGGCGAACAGGGGUCACAAUCGGAGGAUGUCGCUUUCGCUAAGGUGGGAGCCAUUGGAGAAGACUCGUCUGCUGGAGAGCAGGAACAAGGUGGAGACUCCAAUGAUGCUGCCGGUGAGAUUUCUGUGCAAGGAGCGGACACAGGUGGCGAGGCGCGGCAGGGGCUUGCCAGGAGCUCUCGCAGCGUGAAAGCCGCCAGACCGCAGCAGCAGCAACCGGCGCGGGCACUGCACGUCGGCCGGCAGCGCAGGCGACACGGCUCUGACAAGAGAAACCUCAAGAAGAAAAGAUUACUGCCAAGGAAGAGAGUAGUCAAGCUGAACAACAUAAAACAGAAGAAUAAAUACAACAAUGACGAUAAGAAAAGCUCCAAACAAACGUGACGUUUGUGGGUGACAUACUGCAUGUGAUUCAUAUAAAAGACCUUAUUUUUCUUUACACACAGUCGGUGUGGGAUCACCUUAUUCUACCUCUAGAGUGUUGUAGAGAAAAAUUUAAGUUGAUUUUAAGACUAUAACUGCCAUAAAAUAUUUAAAUUAAUUGAAAAAUGUGUUUGAACCUCCAGGAAAGUCAUUAAGAACACUGACGUUCUUAUAAACCAAAUUUCAAAGCAUGUAUCAUUGAACAUAUAGUUGUUAUUGACAGAAUUAUUAAAUAACAAAAUCGAUUCAAA